AUGUCAGAUACCGAACUUCCAAUACUGUUAGAAGAAAUAUGUCAGCUCCAAGAACUUGGUGUAAGUUCAACUAGUAUUGGCUUUAACUGGCUGACCAUGGAAUCAGACCGUUUUAUCUGUGUGCGUGAAACUACUGGGCCAGCAAACCAAGUCGUGAUAAUCGAUCUCCUCGACACUUCAAAUGUACUUAAAAGACCAAUCACUGCCGACAAUGCAAUAAUGCACCCUACAAGUAAAAUUCUCGCGUUGAAAGCCGGAAGACAAUUGCAAAUAUUCAAUCUUGAUUUGAAAUCUAAAGUCAAAUCUUUUGUUAUGCAAGAGGAUGUAGUAUUUUGGAAAUGGAUUAAUCUCAAGACACUUGGGCUUGUCACAGGGCAAUCAGUAUAUCAUUGGUCAAUGGAAGGCGAUUCGCCUCCGGUUAAGGUGUUUGACAGACACGCAAGCCUUGCAAAUUCUCAAAUUAUUAAUUAUCGUGUUAAUGCAGAUGAAAUGUGGAUGGUUUUAGUAGGAAUAUCGGCUGUGGAGGGCAGAGUGGUGGGGAACAUGCAAUUAUAUUCUAAGGAACGUGCAAUUAGUCAACCAAUUGAAGGACACGCUGCAGCGUUUGCGACUAUCUUACUGGAAAAUGGAGUUUCACCCACAAGUUUAUUCACCUUUGCCGUACGAAAUCAAAAUGGGGCAAAAUUACAUAUUGUUGAGGUCAAUCAUAAAAGCGAAAAUCCACCAUUUACAAAGAAGACAGUUGAUGUUUUUUUUCCAUCAGAGGCUGCAGGAGACUUCCCUGUCUCCAUGCAAACCGGAAUUUGUAUAUAUAUGAACAGGAUUAGUGGUGAAACAAUUUUUGUGACUGCAGAACGUGAUAAUGCUAGUGGAAUAGUUGGAGUUAACCGAAAGGGACAGGUGCUAUCUGUUUGUGUUGAUGAAUCCAAAAUAAUUUCUUAUAUUAUAUCGACAUUAAGUAAUCCGGAAUUAGCACUAAGGAUCGCUUCCAGAUGUAAUUUGCCUGGUGCUGAAAAAUUAUAUAUGGAUAAGUUUAUGCAAUUAUUACAAUCAGGGCAAUACAAUGAAGCUGCCAAGGUGGCAGCAAAUUCUCCCCAAGGCUUCCUUCGUACUCCACAAACAAUAGAUCGCUUUAAAAACGUACCGGUGCUUCAAGGAUCAUUAUCGCCUAUUUUGCAAUAUUUUGGAAUUCUCUUAGAAAAAGGAGAAUUAAACAAGCACGAGUCUUUGGAACUUGCAAGACCUGUAUUGGCCCAAGGUCGCAAACAAUUAUUGGAAAAAUGGUUAAAAGAAGACAAGUUGGAAUGUAGUGAAGAGUUAGGUGACAUAGUUUUCCAACAGGAUGCGACAUUGGCAUUGUCGGUUUAUCUUCGUGCCAAUGUUCCAAAUAAGGUAAUUACUUGUUUUGCUGAGACAGGUCAAUACCCCAAAAUUGUACUUUAUGCCAAAAAAGUAGGGUUUCAUCCAGAUUAUCCUAUGCUCCUUCAAAAAAUUAUGAGUAAAGAUCCCGAAAAAGGAGCCGAAUUUGCUACUUUGUUGGUUAGUGAUGAGGAUGGACUGAUUGUUGAUGUGUUCAUGCAGAAUAAUAAAAUUCAACAAGCUACUGCGUUCUUGUUGGAUGCACUAAAGGAAAACAAACCGGAACAUGGACAUUUACAAACUAGGUUACUAGAAAUGAAUUUGUUAAAUUUUCCACAAGUUGCUGAUGCGAUCCUUGGUAAUGAAAUAUUCAGUCAUUAUGAUAAACCACAUAUUGCAUCUCUAUGUGAGAAAGCUGGAUUAUUACAAAGAGCGCUAGAACAUUACACAGAAAUAAAUGACAUAAAGCGUGUUAUUGUACACACUGGAUCCAUGACCACUGAAUUUGUUGUUAAUUAUUUCGGAAAUUUGUCUGUCGAUCAAUCCCUCGAAUGCCUAACGGAAAUGCUUAAGAAUAACAGGCAGAGUUUACAAGUUGUAGUUCAAAUCGCAACAAAAUAUUCCGAGCAGUUACAGCCAUUAAAUUUAAUUAAUUUAUUUGAGUCCUUUAAAACUUAUGAAGGGCUAUACUAUUACCUCGGGUCAAUUGUCAAUAUUAGUACGGAUCCUGAUGUGCACUUCAAAUAUAUUCAGGCUGCUGUAAGGACUGGUCAAACCAAAGAGGUUGAAAGGAUUUGCCGGGAAAGCAAUUAUUACGAUCCGGAAAAAGUCAAAAACCUUUUAAAAGAAGCUAAGCUCGCAGACCAGCUUCCCUUGAUUAUUGUUUGCGAUCGAUAUGACUUUGUUCAUGAUUUGGUACUUUAUCUUUACCAACAAAACUUGUUAAAAUAUAUUGAAGUAUAUGUUCAGAAAGUCAAUUCAGCUCGUACACCUGCUGUUAUUGGUGGUCUCUUAGAUGUUGACUGUGAUGAAACGAUGAUAAAAAAUCUUCUUAUGUCUGUUACCGGCCCAGUCCCAGUUGAUCAAUUGGUUGAAGAAGUUGAAAAGCGCAACCGACUCAAAUUAAUUUUACCGUGGUUGGAAUUACGUGUACAAGAUGGUAGUCAGGAUCCAGCUAUCUAUAAUGCAAUGGCCAAGAUAUAUAUUGACAGCAAUAAUAAUCCCGAAAGUUUCCUCAAAGAGAAUGCUCGUGGUCAAUGUGAUUUAGAGCUUGUUAAAAUUACCAAUGAGAACGCCAUGUUCAAGCAUCAAGCUCGAUAUUUGGUUAAACGACGUGAUCCUCAAUUAUGGGCUCAUGUUUUGGAUGAGAAUAAUAUGUUUCGCAGGUCUUUAAUUGACCAGAUUAAUGCUGUAGCCUUACCUGAGUCGCAUGAUCCGGAAGAUGUUUCUAUUACCGUCAAAGCAUUCAUGUCUGCCGAUUUACCAAUUGAAUUGAUCGAACUCUUAGAGAAAUUGAUAUUGGAGAAUACGGCUUUCAGUGAUAAUAAAGCUCUCCAAAAUUUGCUUAUUCUCACAGCAAUCAAGGCUGAUAAAGCCAAAGAAGCGUUCACAAUUUUCAAGAAGCAUGAUGAUAAUACAAACGCCAUGAAUGUAUUAAUCGAACACAUUGGAAGAAUUGACCGAGCCGCUGAUUACGCAAAUAAUUGUGAUCAACCUGAAGUAUGGAGUCGUUUAGCGAAAGCACAAAUUGAAGGUCUAAGGAUUAAAGAUUCAAUAGAUUCUUAUAUCCGUGCCGAUGAUCCUACCAAUUUUCUUGAAGUAAUUGAUAUCACAUCACGCGCUGGAAAAUAUGAAGAUCUUGUUCGAUAUUUGCAAAUGUGUCGCAAGAAACUUCGUGAACCACAAGUUGAUAGCGAAUUAUUAUUCGCUUACGCGAAGACCGAACGAUUCCAUGAUAUUGAAGAAUUUCUUAAUUCAACUAAUGUAGCUCAAAUACAAACAGUUGGAGACAAGUGCUAUGACGAAGGUUUAUAUGAAGCGGCCAAGAUAUUGUUUUCAAGUGUCUCCAAUUGGGCAAGAUUGGCCUCCACACUUGUUCAUUUAGGAGAAUAUCAAGCUGCUGUCGAUGGUGCAAGAAAAGCCAGUAGUACAAAAGUUUGGAAAGAUGUACACAAUGCCUGUGUACAACACAAGGAAUUUCGCUUAGCUUAUAUAUGUGGUCUCAAUCUUGUUGUUCAUGCUGAUGAAUUACAGGAAGUUAUUCGUCAAUACGAAUAUAAUGGUUACAUAAAUGAACUCCUAUCCCUUCUUGAAGCUGGUCUUGGCAUUGAAAGGGCACACAUGGGAAUGUUCACCGAAUUGGCAAUUCUAUACACAAAAUAUAAACCAGAAAAGACAUACGAACAUUUACGUUUAUUCUGGUCGCGUCUUAACAUUCCAAAAGUCAUUAGAGCUUGUGAUGACGCGCACUUAUGGAAAGAAAUGGUUUUUCUAUAUGAAAACUAUGACGAAUUUGAUAACGCUGCUCUUUCAAUAAUUACUCAUGCUGCUGACGCAUGGGAACACUCACGUUUCAAGGAUAUUGUUGUUAAAGUUAGCAACCUUGAAAUAUAUUACAAGAAUAGAUCAUACCAGGAAGAAGAUUAUAAAUCUCUACGAGAUUCAAUUGAUAACUUCGAUAGAUUCGAUAAUAUCGAUCUAGCUCAAAGACUUGAAAAGCACGAGCUUUUAGAAUUCCGUCGUAUUGCAGCUCAUCUUUACAAGAAGAAUAAACGAUGGGCACAGUCUAUUGCUUUGUCUAAAGAGGAUCGACUUUUCAAAGAUGCUAUUGAAACAGCCAGUGAGUCACGCUCUACUGAAGUAGCGGAGGAACUUUUGGAAUACUUUGUACAGAUUGGAAAUAAAGAGUGCUUCACAGCAUGUUUGUACACAUGUUAUGAUUUAGCUAGAGCAGACGUUGUAUUGGAAAUGUCUUGGAGACAUGGUCUUACCGAUUUUGCCAUGCCAUAUUUGAUCCAAGUUAUGCGCGAAUUCAAUAACAAGGAAAUAAACUUAACAAUAUUACCAACUUUAUUGUUAAUUAGCAUGGUACCUCAAGGGUAUGGUAAUGCUUAUGGUGGUAUGUCCGGUUUUCAAGGUGGUUUUUAA